AACUUUUAUCUAAAUGUGACAUUUUACAUCAACACCAUUCCCCUAAUCCCCUCUUCUAAUAACAAUUUUUUUUUUUUUUUUUUGCUUUGGUACUCUCUCUCUCCCUUCUUCCCCUCUCUCUCUCUCUCACAAAUCUCAAUCCCGUGAGAAAGAAACGAGAAUGACCAACUACGGCGCGAUUCCGACGUCGUCACACCCAUCACCGGCGAUAGAUCUCGAAUACAUCUCACGCGCUAAACACCGUAUAAAAUCCGGUCUCGCAACGCGCCGCCCAUGGAAAUCGAUGUUCGAUUUCGAAUCCAUGACCGUCCCACACGGUUUCUUCGACGCGAUCUCGAGGAUCAAGACGAACCUCGGCUACUUCAGAGCUAACUACGCCAUCGGAGUCCUCUUCAUCCUCUUCCUCAGCCUUCUCUACCACCCGACCUCGUUAAUCGUCUUAUCGAUCUUGGUCUUCUUCUGGAUCUUUCUCUACUUCCUCCGCGACGAGCCUCUUGUGGUUUUCGGUUACCAGAUCGACGAUCGUACGGUUAUGAUCGGUUUAUCGGUUCUGACGGUCGUGAUGCUUUUGCUGACUCACGCUACUUGGAAUAUCCUCGGUUCGUUGUUAACCGCCGCCGUGUUGCUACUGAUUCACGCGGCGGUUAGGAGAAGUGAUAAUUUGUUUCUUGAUGAGGAAGCUGCGGCGGUCACUGAAUCUUCUGGGCUCAUGUCAUACCCUUCCUCAUAAACAAUAAUAACCUUUUUUUUUUUUUUUUAAUUUGUUGCUUUUUUUUUGUAUGUCUUGAGAAAAACUUGAGAAUGUUCUUUUACUCUGUUCAAUUUGUUAACAGCUUGCUUAA